UCAUAGCUGGCGAUAUAAAUUGCGAUAUCCUUCACCCAAAUAUAAACUCGCAAGAGGAACGCUAUCUGGAUAUGCUAUAUGAAUGUGGUUAUAUAUCAUGCAUUGACCGGAUAACGCGCCCCAAUAGCAAUACAUGCAUAGACCAUUUCUUUAUCAAAUUGCCGUUCCAUUUCAAUGCAUGUUCUUUCAUUCUUCAAACGAGCAUAACUGAUCAUUUUGUAAUUGGGUUAGAAGUGGAGAAUAAUUUGUUGAUAGAACCGAGUAGAAAUAUUGACACCCAAUAUUCCAAGAUCAUUAACUGGUCUGGAAUUGAUGAAGCCUUGAAAGUGGAGAGUUGGAGACGGGUGGUCGAGGCGGCUGAUGUUGAUGAGGCUGCUGAGAGUUUCAAUGAGAUUCUACAGAAAAAUUUGGAGCAGCUCACAACAUCCGAAAGAGUGUGUGCUAAAACGAAAAAAAUUAAACCAUGGAUAACCUCUGGCCUCCUGCAAUCGAUGCGUCGUCGUGACAAGUUGAGUAAAGAGGUCAGGAGAAAUCCAUACAAUAAUCAACUCAGACAAAAAUUUAUUCGAUUCCGAAAUACACUUAAGGCAGCUAUUAAGCGUUCUAAGUACAAUUAUUAUAAGAAUAAAUUGAGUGAAGCUGGGGGAGACUCUAGGAAAUUCUGGAAUGUUAUUAAUGAGGUUUCUGGUCGAUCCACGGGCAAGCCGAAAUUUCCGCUGCAGGCGUACUGUGAGCGCGGCGGUGAGGCCUCUCCCGCUGAAAUUAAACAAAUAGCCUCUGCUACACAUAAUUAAUCUUAGUUUUACAACAGGUAGAUUUCCGAAUGUUUUUAAAAUUGCAAAAGUUG